CGCGUGCGCGGUAAAUACGGAACCGUCGUCGUCUCGUCUCGCGAUAUAAAAGGUCGGAGCGGCGGGGCUCCUCUCCGUUCAGUCCGCCGGCGACAGCCGUUGGAGCGCUCACCUACGACGUCGUGUCCGUCUGGCACGCAGGAUCGAUAGGUUGAGAAAGAAAGAAACGCCGGCGGACGGAGCGCGCAAAAGGAGAGGGAUCGCCGACGAAUUGCAUAACGCGCUAAUUCCGCGACGUAUCGCCGCCGCGGGGUCAGGGUCGUUCUUGUUUAUUUAUUUCCUGCAAAAAUCGUCGCGCGCGCGCGACCGAGAAAGAGAGAUUGGUAUCCCUGUCCACCUACGCGCUGUGUACGAUGUGUUUACGUUGUAACUCGGGAAACGCUGCCGCUUCCAUGUGAGGAGGACGCGCACCGCACGCCGAUAUACGUGUCUCUGCAAUAUGAAGCGCACGCUGAAGCUAAAGGCCGAGGAAGACAACAGUGAAUGCAAACGGACCUUCGUCAAACAGGAAUCAAUGAACUACAGCUUCGAGGCAUCCUCGUACGCCAAUUACUCGUCGUCGAGUACUUCGCCUUCCACCAUCGCACAGCCCCUGCCAGGACAGCCGCCUCUGCCCGCUAUGCCACCGCCGAGCGGAGUCCCGCCCCAGCCUCACGUAUUCGGACCAGUGCCUUCCCAAGUAACCCCAAUCUCGACCUGGACACACGCACACAAUCCCUGGCACUGGAUAGCCACGCAAACGUCCCCCUUACCGUCCCCGACUCCGCGCGAGAUCACUAGCACGUUUCAAAGGGAGAUGCCUCUAAGAGGUAACUACGUGCGGCGCGAGAGAUUCUCUUACAAUAGGAACUACAUGUACGGCCAGAGGAAUAACUUUCAUCGUAAAAACAGACGGCCGGCGAGGGUCGGGCAAUCGCAGAAUCAGUUCGAACAGACCGCGUACUUUAAUCCAACGCUGACGAGCGGUCUCGGUUUAGACUGGCAGAGAAAUAAUUACACCACCACAGCGAAUGACGUUAUCAUAAAUCACAUGACCGUCCCUCUACCCAAUCAUCCUAUACCUCCUCUCCCAACGGGAAUCGUGACGAGCAGGCACGGCGAAGAGACGGAGGACCAGGAUGAGAAAAUCGCGCCGGAGGAAGUUGUAGUGAAGAAGAAUAAGCAGAGGAAACCGAUGUCCCAGAGCUAUCCCAGCAGACCUUGGAACAGAGAGGACGCGGAGAGAGCCCUUAAGACUGAAAACGAAUACAAUAAGACGGUGAAAGCGCAGAGCUUGAUCAUUAAAUUCCCCGAUCCAGAUCUGAACAAGGACAUCGUUAGAUUGUUUCAUUCCGGCAUACAAAACAUACACUUCCAAAGCCCGAGCGGGCCGAGAUAUUGUUUCAUUCAGAUGGCGGAAAAUGUAAAUAUAGACGAUGCUAUAAAGGAGCUGGAGAAAAUUGCGUUUGGCACGGGGCAUCUGAAGGUCGAGAGAAAAUCGUUGAGGGACGAGGACAACCCGAUGCCCGAGGAGAUAGAUCCUUAUACUUUAUACAUAGGCAAUCUGCCCGAGUCCGUUAACGUGAACGAGGUGAAGAGUAAAUUUCCGACAGCUACGCGAGUAGAUGUGGGAUACGCGCAGAAGAUGAGGAAUACUCGAUACGCUUUCAUAAGGUACAAUAGCGUAGACGAGUCGAUAUCAGCUUACAAACAGGCGCACGACCUAAUGUGGGACACGAGGAGCAUUAUCGUUAGAUUUAGACGGCAGCGAGGUAACACUUGUCUUCCGGGCGAGCCCAAGCCUAACGUAAAGAAAGUCAAGGAGGAAUUUAAGAAGCUCAAUAACGCCGCGCAAGUGAAGAAGGAGCAGAAGGCGAAUCAUGUUGAGCCUAAGCACGGUGUUAAGAAAGCGAAGGAGGACGGGAGUCAGGUGAAGAAGGAGGACAAGAUCAAUCACGCCGACAAACCGUCGGCAAACAAAGAGACUGACGCGGAGACGCGGUUACAGGAUAACUCCAGCAAGGCGCAAAUUAGCAAACCGAUGUCGCAAGCCCCGGAACAAAACGCUAAUUCUCAUUCCUCCCCGUUACCAACUUCGAUUACAUCGGCUAAAACGGUACAGGAACAGCAACAACAACCCUGGACCUCGCAACCUCCUCAGAUACCUUCAGCGUCAGAGGCUCCGCCACCUUGCCCACCGGAGGCAGAAACGUUUCUCGCCGAAACGGUAAUACUAACCGAAAUCAAAGAGGAACCGGUAGAUUACGAUGAGAUGGAUAUGUCGUGUAACAUGCAGUCGGACGAUGACGACGAUGACGACGACGAUGACGAUGACGACGACGAUGACGAUGACGAUGAUGACGACGAGCCGGAUGAUUCUGAUGAUGAUGAGGACUUUGAACAGGAUGACGAGGGUGAAGAUAUCGACGAUGACGGGAAUAUAACAUUCAAUGAUAAGCCGCAAGAUAAGGUAGCGCAAAAUGACAAGGAUGAACCGACCGAUCAUCUCGACGAAAUGUUCAGCGAGUUGGAGAAUAUGACCGGUGAUAUUGGUUUCUUGAAGAAUUAAACGAGAGAGAUUACCGCGUUGCAAUAUUCGUAAUCACGCCGCUCCCCCCUGAAAAGUUGUCUCAUACUUAAUGUGUACAUAUUAGGUGUAGUUAUUAUGUAACGUAACGAAUAAGACUGCAUGUAUUUAAAUAUUAUAUAGUGUAAGCAUUAUUCUAAUUAAGGCUCUUGUCUGCAAUUUAUCUCAUCGCUGAGUUGAAGUUGAAUCGUGCCGUCAAAAGCGAGAAAUCACGCCAUUCUUUUUUUCGCUUAUAUCGAAAUCAAUUGGUUUUGUCGCAUGUCAUUCGCACUUGUUAGUAUAAUAUUGGACACCGAUACUCUUUCUGGUUUAUGUAGCAAAUCUUAUACAACCAACGUUGGACAACAAAACAGAAAGUGUCUUUUAUGUUUCACAGUCUAUGCCAAUACCUAUAAAAUUUUUAUAUUACCAGAACAUCACAGGCGCGCGCUAUUGGAUAUAAUAACAAUAUUUUAGUUGAUGCAGCCCUCCAAAAGAUGUGUUUUAGAAUUAAGUACUGACAAAUAUUAUACAUUAGAAAUGUGCAUUAGACGAAAAACCAUCCAUUUUACUCAUUCACUUAAUUCGUUUUAUACAUAUACAUCUUAAUAAGCAGUUGUGUGUGUGUAUAUAUAUACACACAUUAAAAAAAAAAUAUAUAUAUAUAUAUCAAUUUAUAAUUUUUAAGGAAAUCAAACGAUAUAGUUACGUAAUAUUAACGAAAAAUAUAAUUGUAAUCAACGUCGCCUUCUCUGCCUUGCAUUUUUCUGUUUUCUCUCACUACUUUUUUCUUUUUUCUCGCAUUCUUUUGUUCAUCUUCAUUCUAUAUUUCUCUCCUUUUCUCACUUUUUUUCCAUUAUAUAAUUCAUCCUCCUACUGUUCUUGCCACUUACCAAUUUGGGAGUCUUAAGCAUUUUGUAAUUAUUGUUUCCAAUAAACUUGAAUAUAAGGCUUAGAUGCGUUUAUGUAAACCAGGAAUGAUGUAAUAAGCUAUUGUAUCAUUAAAAUUAUUAUUUUAUGUA